GAGUUAUGUACCCUGACAUGUAGGUCAGAUUACGCCUUGCUAAGACCAACUUUGGUCAAAAAGUCAAACAAACUCAUGCCACUUACGCCCUAUACAUUUAUAUUGAGCAAUGAAUAAAAUUGUUUAUUUUGAAAAGUUGCCCUGCUUAGUAUACUGCAGGCCUGUACUUGGCUACGCAGCUCAUGGCAUACGCCUUCCACUAUGAAGCCAGAAGCAACCACACGGUUAGCGGGAUUUGUUUUGAUGAUUUUGUCCUUCGGGCUUUGCUUUACUUCGGAAACGCCAUACCAGGAGCUGUAUGCGCCUAUUGACUAUGCAGUAGUUGGCCAACAAAAGUGCGGUACAAGCUCACUAUGGCAUUACAUGAUGGACCAUCCCGACAUUACGUGGCAUGGCAAGAAGAAGGAGUCAUUGUAUUUCCACACUGAUUGGCCGGCCUCUGCUAACUGUGAUAACCGCGUGGACAACUACCUGCUCUCGGGAGGCGAGAUGCGGCGGGCCCGCAACCGCACCCUGGACCUCAGAGUGGGCGACUGGUCAGCCACACACCUAUCGUGCAUUUGCUGCCCUGUCGUACUGAAAACCAUCAACCCCAAGUUAAAGAUCAUCGUACUGCUCCGCGACCCGAUCCAACGUGCGCUCAGUCGCUUCCUCGAACAGAGAGAGCGGGUUAAGGGCCCACUACACAACGAGACCGCAAACCAUACCUUUGCGAGCUUCGUGGAGCUAGACUUGCGAACCGUCCAGGAGUGUCUCAACACUGCUUCACCGUACGACAAAGAACGACAGAAACCCGAAUCUCAGCAACCGCAGCAGCAGCAGCUGCAACCCAAUGGAGAACUGCAACAGCAGCAGCCACGGCGGCAACAACAGCAACAAGGGAAACAGCAGCAGGACGAAGGAGUGCACGAUAACAGUAAUGGCUUACCUCCGCCACCGCAGCUAACACUAACGGACGUUUUACCACAGCAUCCGCAUCAUCAUCAGGAAUCGGUAUGGCAACGGCGACGGUUAAAACAGCAGCAGCAACCACAACAUUCACAACUCCGUGGCUUGUCGACUGCUACCGCCACCUCCGUCGACCCAUUCGCUACCAGUGGCGGCUUGAGUGCAGGAAACGCCGCCGCCGCCUCAUCUACGGACGCCAUUGCAGCUGCUGCCUCCGCCGCCGCAGCUGCCGCUGCUGCUGGUGCAUCCACCGGCGCCUCUGGCUCAGCUAGCAGCGGCGGCGGUGGCGGUGGCGGAGGUUCUACCGCUAUCUCAUCAGCUGCCCCCGCCGAUGUACAUUCCUCCUCAUCUUCGUCAGAAUCGUCUUCCUUUGCGGGUUGGGGUGCGGGCAUGUCACUGGCAAGAUGGAUGGAGGCGCAAUGCUAUUCGCGAAGCAGCGUUCUCGGCUGGUCAGUGUACGACAUAUUUCUGGAGAACUAUUUGGCACACUUCCCGGCUGAGCAGUUGCUUGUGUUGUACACGGAGGCGUUGGCGGUUCAUCCGUUGGCAACUGUACGGAAGCUGGAGAGCUUUCUGGGUGUACGACCGGCGCUUUACAACCACAGCCUUUUCUCAACGGUCUACAACAGCCGAGGCUGCUACACGUGGGACUGUGCGAGAACCCGCCAAAAACAAGAUCAGCCACAACCACGACCAGAGCAACAGCAACCGAAUUCCCGACUCCUUUCCCAAUCCCAAACCGCAACUCAGCAACCUGGGCCCACCACACCACCAGGGGCCCGUGCUGCGGUUGACCAGCAAGUUCCUCCUCCUCAUCUGCACCACCAAAACCAACACAUCUCCUUAGACUCGCAUCUGAUGUCCCGUCUACGAGCCUUCUACCGGCCGCACAUGCAGCGGAUCUUUUACUUGGCAGAUGCCGGCUUCAUCGCACAGCCCCCCGGCUUUUGGCGCACAAACUAUGGCUAAUGAUAAGCUUCAAGGCUAGCGCAACCUUCUAGGUGGUCGAUGUUUAAGGAAGAGGAGGGGGGAGCUGCAGUUGUGGAGCAAAGAAGGCGUGGAGAUUGAGGAGUGCACAGAGGGGUUACGGUAGCAAUUUGGGUUAGCACAACCAGCUGGAGUUGGUUCGUAACCGUAACAAGGCGGAGGGGGGAUUUGAGUACUGCCGACCCCCGUGUGGGGUAGGAGGAGUGCUGGAUGAGGAGUCUAGAGCAGUGGAAGGCUGGGAAUGGAGGGCACGGCGAGGUUGUGCAUGGCGAGGGAGAGGGAGGCUGAGCAGAUCAGGAGGAGGUAUAGCUGCCGGUGCGUAGAUGGCUUGCUGGUCGUCCUUCCUUUGGACGAAAAACACGAAAUACGGCCUCAGCGUGGAUCGGGGCAGUCCCAUUUUCUUGCCACAAACGUGGCACUCGUGCGGUGCGUUGCUGAAGAAUGCACUGUUGCAGCUAAGAUACGUUGUGCCGGCUGCUUCUUAAACUUAUUGCUAUAUGCUCGGCUGACACGGACAUGGUUGUGAUGGAAGGCACCUUACAAUGCUGUGUGUGGCUACUAUGCUAUUCUCCAUAACUACCGCCGCCCAGCUUCAAAUCAGCAUACGUGAUUUUGUGCUACUGUUGUUGAAUACGGCAGAGUACGGCCGCUUUUCAUCGAGUUUACUAAAGGAAUGAGUAGCCGCUACAAUGACCUUGUAAUGGCUCUUCCCCG